AUGCCUGGGGACGAGGGGGAGGCGGCACUGCUGCGCUACCUCACGCGCGCGGGCCGCGGCGGCGCCAACUUAACGUACGGCGGUACGGCACCGCUAUACGACACGCAGUACGCGCUGCGUCUGGCUCAGGAGUGUGGAAAGCCGCGUGCGGCGGUGCGGCUCAUGUGCCAGCUCGGAAUGUACCCUGAUGCUGUCCGUGCCGCUCUGGCACUGGACCUGGGUCUGGCCAAGGGGGUGGCGGGGGAGCCCGAGCAGGAUGACGCACUGCGGAGGAAGCUGUGGCUGCAGGUUGCUCGCCAUGUGGUGGAGACGGGGAGCAGGGUGGCGUCGGCUGGACGGGGGGAGGGACCGGGGGCCGGAGAGGGGCCUGGAUCUGGAUCUGGAUCUGACCCCACCUCCCACAUCCGUACGGCAGUGGAGUUCCUCCGGGAAGCUGAUGGUCUCCUCCGAAUAGAGGACAUUUUGCCCUUCUUCCCGGACUUCGUUACCAUUGACAACUUCCAGGCCGCCAUAUGCGAUUCUCUGGAGCGCUACGGUGCGGCCAUUGAGGCCCUCAAGGCGGACAUGGAGGAGGCCACCGCCAUUGCUGAGGCGCUGAGGGCGGAUAUCGCCAUGCUGGGGAACAGGUCCGCGGUGGUGUCCCUGGCUCAGCCGUGUGUCCGGUGCGGGAGACCCAUUUCGGAGGCGGCGCCGCUGACCAGCCUGCCUCAGGGUGGUGCCCUGCCCCCCUUCUACCUCUUCCCCACGGGCUGUGUCUACCACGUGGCCUGCUGCGCGGCGGAAGUGACGGAGCUGGUGGCGCCGCAGCAGCGGAAGAGGAUCCACACGCUCAUGGCGCGGCUCUCCCGUGUCAAGCCCGGCGCCACCAUUGCUCCCGCGUACGGCGGAGGCGCUGGUCGCGGAGAUCGGUCGGGAGGACCCGCGGAAUGGGGAGCUGACAGUGCGGCUGCUGGAGGCGCCCUUCGUGUUCGAGACGGACCGGGCGGAGGCGGAGUCCUGGGCCGUGCUGGCUGGAUCGGCUGCCCGGACGGGUCCGUAUGCGGCCUGCAGGCAGCCAGCAUCAUGCCGACGUAG